AUGAUUGAGGACCACAUGGAGUACAAGUAUUGUCACCCAAAGAAGCUGGCAGACUCCACGCUAACGCUCCCGCGGCAGGGAGUGAAGGAGCAGCAGUGGUCCCCCUAUGCGGACAACGGCGGCACGAUCGCCGCUAUUGCUGGUAGCAAUUACGUUAUUCUGGGCGGGGACACGCGCCUGAAUGGUGACUUCUGCAUUCACACUCGUGACGACCGCUCCAAGUUGUUUCAGCUCACUGAACGUACAUUUCUCGCGUCAACAGGUAUGCAAGCAGACCGUCUUCAGCUUCAGCAGAUGUUGAAGUAUCGUAUCCAGUGGUACCAGUACAACAACGGCGGAAAGGUGCCUUCCACAAAGGCCAUUGCCAAACUCACCUCCACUAUGUUGUAUCAGCGACGCUUUUUCCCGUACUACACUUUUAAUAUGAUUGCCGGACUUGACGAAACUGGUGCUGGUGUGUGCUACAGCUAUGACCCUGUGGGAUCGACAGAACCCUUUCGCUACGGUACCUCCGGCUCCGCCAGUAGCUUCGUGGAGCCGCUCAUGGACUGUCUGCUGACGCGCCAGCACAUGGUGCGACAGGUCCCGGCUGAGCUCAGCAUGGAGGAGACUCUUGAAAUGCUUAAGAACGCCUUCACUGGAGCGGCUGAACGUGACAUUUUUACGGGUGACGCAGUAUGCUUCCACAUCAUCAAGGCGGAUGGUAUUUGGACUGAGCUGUUUGAGCUACGCAAAGACUGA